AGUUCCGGACGAGAUGUAAUGAGGACGGGACAGUGCUAAUUUCCCCCUCUUUUGUGUGUAUUAACAACAGUCUGUUUUAUUCACUGCUCUUAAUUCUCCUUGUUCGUGCAUCGAAGGAGUGGCGUAGAAUAAGAGAAAGGUGGAUUAUUGGAAAAAAGGAGAACAGUAGAGAUGAAAAUACAACAUUUAUUUUCGUGAUUUGGGCAAUGCAAGGGCUGAUUAGGAGACAAUGCCUUCACAGGCUAUCAAACCAACUUCUCUGGGGAUGACGGGAAUGAGGAACAAUGACACCUGGACUGAUGGACUCCCAAUCUGCAAAUUGUCAGGUGUGGGGAUGUCAGCCAACCAGAUGUAUCGAGAAGAUGGAACGCCAUGCUCGGAACAUGAAUAUGAGGACCGCAGCAUUCACUUUUGCCUUGACCGUGAAAAUCACACUUACCUCUAUGGGGUCUUUGAUGGCCAUGAUGGAGCCAAGGCAGCAUACUUUGCAUCCCAGAGGAUGCCUGCAGAAUUGAGUUUCGAGCAGUUGACAGGAAAAACAACAGAAGAGGAGGUGAAAGAAGUGUUUAGAGAAGCUUUCCUCUCAGUCGAGAAUGCUUUCUUAGAGUCCAUCGAUCCGAGAAUUGCAGAACGUACUCAGCUGUUGGACAAAAUCCCCGAUGGAAUGUCACAGUUUGAAGCGGCUCAGAAAUUCCCAGAAACAUUUAGCAGGCUUCAGGCAUUAGACCAGGAAAUAAGAGGAGGGACAACAGCAGUUGUAGCGCUGAUACAUGCAAAAACAUUGUAUGUUGGUAAUGUUGGUGAUUCGAGGGCUCUCCUUUGCAAGAAAGAUAGGUCUGGUGUAUUAAAAGUGAAGCAACUUACAGCUGACCACACAACUAGUAGUCAUGAUGAAUUGCAGCGUUUGGAAUCACUCAAUUUGACAGCAAGCAAAAUUCGAGGAGCAAAGCUUGGAAACCAUGAGUUAACAAGGUGUAUUGGAAACUAUUUCAUGAAAGGAGGUUACUCGGAAUUUGACAUCCUAAGUUCAGCAACAGCAGAGCCUGUCAUUGCGGAACCAUACAUCACAUUCAUGCCUAUUGAUGAAUCCUGCAGUUUCCUCUUGCUGAUGAGUGAUGGCCUCUAUAAUUCUUACAAAGAGGCUACAGGAUCUGAGCAAGUCAACAAAGAAAUUGCACAGAUGGUUGUUGAGCAGUUUGUAGAGCAACCAACUCUAACCAGCAUAGCUCAGACUGUGGUUGACAAAGUAGUCCGUCUGCACCACGAUAAUUAUCUCACCAAGCAGAGAAAUGUGACAACUCGUGACGACAUUACCCUAAUCAUCCGCAACUUCAACUUCCCUCUGCGCAGCGCCCUUACCCCUUCUGCCGUGUCUGGGGGCAGCUCUCCACGCCCUCCUAUCCAUCACAGACCGCACCUGAGGACAGCAGUGAGAACUCCAAACUUGGGGAUCUGCUUGGAGAGUGUGCUCAUUUUCUUAUAUCUUAUAAUUCAUGACUUGUUUGUUAGAGAUAGAAGUCAAGAGAUUUCCAUCAUUAGCCAUGGACUCACAGGACAAGAGUAUCUAGAAAUACUAAUUCUUAAGCAAUUAGGUCCUCACAGUCAGUCAUGGGUUACUGUUGGCAGGACCACUUGUUCAACCAAUGACUGCACCGUGACUGGCAUAGGUCUAGUUACUUCUGCAUUCUCGGACCACCAACUCAGGAUACACAGACAUUUGACUUGA